CCUACAAGAGCGGAGGUAGAAACAUGCAGGUGGAUUACAGUUUGUGCAGAUGUAAUCUGCAGGAGAUUACUGACUGUAAAGUAGUAGUUGGGGAGAGUGUGGCCAGACAGCAUAGGACGGUGGUGUGUAAAAUGACUCUGGUGGUGGAGAGGAAGAUUAAGAAGACAAAAGGAGAGCCAUGGUGGUGGGGGAAAAAAAAAAGUGGGGGGGAAAAAAAAAAGGUUCAGUGUGACCCAGCUGUGGGAGCAGUUUCCAAGAUGACACAAAAUAACUGGGCAGAAGCUGUACGUCCUUCAUGUGUGCAUGCUGGUGUGCAGUGCACAUUGCUGUCAGACCUGUCAGACAUGAGAACAGAGCUGGAUGAUUCCAUAUUAAAAAAGAGAUGUCGAAGAUGAGGACUAUUCUCCUGGUGAUAAGGACCAAUCUGAUGAUGAUGAUGAUGACUACGACACUGAAGAAGAAUGGAUUUCCUUGCAGGAGAAGGAGUGCAUCGUUGAUGGAAACCCUAUUCGAAUGCCCAAGUUUGUUGUUUUUUUUUAAAUCGUGCCUGCAAGCACUCCUGGCAAUCUGUGCUGUCUGUUCCAGCACAUGCCUGGUGGCUAUUAAUAAUAUUAGAGGAAGCCUUGCCAUGUUCAAAACAACAUGCAGACAUGGUCACAUCAAAGAAUGGUACAGCCAACCAAUGUCUGGUUGUAUGGCUCUAAGUAACUUGCUGGGUGGCGGUGCCAGUGCCAUCCUUUUUAGCGGCUGCAGUUCAGUGAAAGCAAUAAAUAUGCUCAAAAGUGUGAAUAUAAUGACUUUUUCAAAGAGGACAUUCCGUCAUAUUCAGAAUGCUUACCUGCUUCCAACCGUCAACCUCAUGCGGGAACGUCAACAAUCUUCCCUUCUGGAAGUAGUUCAGGGAAAACAGCUAACAGUUGGUGGUGAUGCACGAUGCUGUUCUCCUGGGCACACGGCCAAAUAUGGUUCAUACACUGUUAUGAACCUUAAAGACUCACAGAUCUUGGACACCCAAUUGGUACAGGUUACAGAGGUGAAGAACUCCCAUGCCAUGGAGUUGGAGGGCUUGAAGAGGUGCCUUGCCUUGUUACAGAGGAAAGGUGUCACUAUGAAAAACAUUGUGACAGACCGCCACUCUCAAAUUAAGAAAUUUCUGAGGGAAACCCAUAAGGACCUUUGCCACUGGUUUGACGUUUGGCAUGUGGCAAAAGGAAUCAAGAAUCAGCUGCUGGCCCUUUCAAAAAAGGCUGGUUGUGAGGCGGUGUUUAAAAAGGUCGCAGUCCAUCACCAAUCACAUUUAUUGGUCAGCAGCAUCAAGCAAAGGGAACAGUGAGGAAUGUCGGCAGAAGUGGAUGUCAAUCGCCAACCAUGUCAUGAAUGUUCACAAGGGCCAUGGUGACACAUUUAUAGAAUGUCUGCAUGAUGAACUGGUAGAGGAAAGAGAAUAACACAUAAAAAGGUAAAGUGAAUCAAAUAAGCUUAUUGAAAGAUGAUUCAGAGAUGCUACUUCUCUUAAUUCUGUCCAUUGAUGUGUUCCAGGAUCAAAAGCACAUAAGGAACUGCUAAUCAUAGUAAAUAAUAAGAUGCUGCUCAAAGACAUUGGCAACUUAUCGCCUAUUCAACAAACAUCAAGCCUUGAAGCCUACCAUAAAGUAGUGCUGUACUUCGCUCCAAAGGCCUCCCAUUUCUCACACAGGACAUAGAAAACAAGUUACUGUACAUUAGGGGUUAAACUAAAUAUACAGUUCCACACAGCC